AUGGAUGGUGUCCUGGUUAUCACAUUAACAAUCAUUUUCAUUGCACAAUUCAUAAUUGGAAUUUUAGGAAAUGGAUUCAUAAUUAUGGUGAACUGCCUGGACUGGGUCAAGCGAAGAAAGAUCACUUCAAUGGAUCAAAUCCUCACUGCUCUGGCCAUCUCCAGACUGAUUCUGCUCUUGACGCUAGUCAUAGAUUGGCGGGUGUCUAUUAUUUACCCACUUUUACUGAGGACUAUAACUAUGUUAAGAAUAUUUCAUAUCUCCUGGGCAGUGACCAACCAUUUCAGCAUCUGGCUUGCUACUGGUCUCUGCAUCUUUUAUUUUCUCAAGAUUGCCAUUUUUUCUAACCCUCUUUUCUACUAUCUAAAGUGGAGAGUUACAAAGUUAAUUGCAAUGACUUUGCUGAUGUCUCUGGUUCUCUUGGGUAUAAAUAUUGUAAUGCUAAUCACCUGCAUUGAUGUCUGGAUUUAUAAAUCUAAUUGGGACACGUCUUACAAUUCUAGUUCAAGGUUGUUUGCAGAAUACUCCAGGCUCAUUUUAUUCCCAAACUUAAUGUUCACUUUAAUACCCUUUGUUAUAUCUUUGGCCAUUUUUCUUCUACUCAUCUUCUCCCUGUGGAAACAUCUCAGGAACAUGCAGCACAAUGCUCCAGGAUGGAGGAACGCCAGCACCUUGGCCCACAUCAGAGCCUUGCAAGUCAUCAUUGCCUUCCUCUUACUUUAUAUCACUUUCUUUCUGUCUGUUGUUGUAGAAGUUUGGACAGUUGUGAUGGAAAAUAUGCGGGUUAUUUUGGUUGCACAAGUUAUGGUCACUAUCUUUCCUGCUGUCCACUCCUGUGUCCUGAUUCUGGCCAAUGAUAAGAUGAGGCAGGCCUGGCUUUUGUUGCAAUGGUGGCUGAGGUGCAGGUUCUGA